GGAUCGGCGGCUGGUCGCUCGGCGCAGCCGCCGUCGUCGCCGGGACGGUGGGGACCUGCUGCCGUCACUCAGCCGCUCCCGCGGCAUGUCUUGGCCUCUUCGCGCCUCCCGUGGAUCGCUGACUGUCGCCUGGUGAGUGUGCUGGUCCUGAAGGACGCGUCUCCCGACUGCCCAGGGUGUAGAGUGCUGAGCAUAUUUUGGAAAAAUGGGAGCAUUUCUAGAUAAACCGAAGAUGGAAAAACAUAAUGCCCGUGGUGAGGGGAACAAUCUACAUUAUGGACUGAGCAGUAUGCAGGGUUGGCGAAUUGAGAUGGAAGAUGCGCACACAGCUGUCAUUGGCCUACCACAUGGACUUGACGCAUGGUCAUUCUUUGCAGUCUAUGACGGGCAUGCUGGAUCCCAAGUUGCCAGAUAUUGCUGUGAACAUUUGUUGGAUCACAUCACCAGCACCCAAGAUUUCAAGAUCGCUGAUGAUCUGACAGAGCCUUCUGUGGAAAAAGUGAAGAAUGGAAUUCGUACAGGUUUUCUGCAGAUAGAUGAGCACAUGCGAAAUAUCUCCGAGAAGAGGCAUGGUUCAGACAGAAGUGGGUCAACAGCAGUAGGUGUCAUGGUUUCACCCAAGCAUAUUUACUUCAUCAACUGUGGAGACUCACGAGGAUUGCUCUGUAGGAACGGGCAGGUUCAUUUCUUUACACAAGAUCACAAACCGAGUAAUCCACUGGAGAAGGAGCGCAUCCAAAAUGCUGGUGGCUCAGUGAUGAUUCAGCGUGUGAACGGUUCCCUUGCUGUUUCAAGAGCUCUUGGAGACUUUGACUACAAGUGUGUGCAUGGGAAGGGUCCAACAGAGCAGCUUGUCUCGCCAGAACCUGAGGUUUAUGAAAUCGAGAGAAGGGACGAUGACCAGUUUAUUAUCCUAGCAUGUGAUGGGAUUUGGGACGUCAUGGGGAAUGAAGAGAUCUGUGAAUUUGUUAAAUCCAGACUAGAAGUUAGUGAUGACCUUGAAAAAGUUUGUAACCAGAUUGUUGACACGUGCCUGUACAAGGGAAGUCGAGACAACAUGAGUGUUGUAUUGAUUUGCUUUCCAAAUGCACCAAAGGUGUCGCCUGAAGCAGUGAAAAGAGAAGCCGAGUUGGACAAACAUCUGGAGAACAAAGUGGAAGAAAUCUUUGAGAAGCAGGGUGCUGAGGGGGUGCCAGAUGUAGUCCACAUGAUGCGUGCUUUAUCGUCGGAGAGCAUCCCAAACCUCCCACCAGGAGGUGAACUGGCCAGCAAGCGGAGUGUUAUUGAAGCAGUUUACCACAGACUGAAUCCUUGUAGGGCUGAUGGUGAACCAUCAUUCCCAGAUGACACGUGGUAGCUGCCAACUAAGAUGAUUGCAUACAUCCACAAGCAAGGCCGUCAAGUAUCCAUGAAUCACAAGUCUUCAAAAGAUUGUUUAAUUUUGCGCAAAGAGUUCAAAGAGGAUGCGAAUGCAAUAUAAGGUUCAGUAACCAACAAUGAUUCAGCAAGAAUGUGAUUUGUAUAAUGGCUGAAAAUACACGAUUGAAUUAUUUUUACUACAAAUUGGGCAUUUUUGAUUUAAUCCUGUUAACUCGAAAGUGCAAUUAUGUUUUUAAACAAAAGCUUCUAUUUAAUGGAAUAUGACCUCCAUUAAAAGCGUAUUGAAUAGAAAAAUUGAUGUCCUUAUCUGAUACCGUAACGUUUGAGUAUCCAAUUUAUCAAAAGAAGAAUCUUGCAUCUAACUUUCCAAAUUAUUCUCCAAUGCCAGAGCAUAUGGUCUAAAAUUUUAAUUUUAGAUUUGGCAAACUGUGAACUUGUAAAUGCUCACUUAUUGAUUAUAUUACAGAUCACACUUGUAUCAUAACAUUACUAUGGACUUUUUAAAAGCUAACUUUACACUGUUGUGCAAAGUGAUUUAUUGGUAAUUAUACAAUGCCAUAUUUCUAAUUUUGUAGCAUUUAACGAAGGUGUGAAUAUUUUUAAGUGGCAGAGUGACCUGUGGGAAAAACUAUUAUGUACAAGACUUACACAACAUUGUACCACCAUUUAGUUAUAGUAUUCUAUGCUUUAGUCCUCUUCUGACACCUUCCCAUCUCCAUAUAUUGUUAAAUAGUUCAUGUUACUUCAGAGGCUUAAUCAUUUGUGUAUCAUCAGCCAAGUUACCAGCUAUAAUAGCUGAUGAGGUAUGUUGGUUAUAGUAAUGAAGGUCGUUUGGUCAGGUUUUCUUCCUUUCAAUAUGUGGUGAUCUUUCAUUAUGUCUUUAUUCUCCAGCUAUUUUUCAAGAAUGAUAAUUCUGACACUGAUAUUCGCUUGAAUGGUCCAGCCAGCACUGGAUGGCAGUUUAAAAAAAGGAUAGGAAGUGAAAUGCUUUAUUGUGGAAAUUCAAAGUACUGAGUAGGCUUUGGUUUGAUCAGUCAUCAAGCAAAUCUAUUAACCUGAUUACUUUUUCCUAUUAACUGUACAGUGGUGGAAGUGCCUUUAUAAAAUCAGCAGGAAUGAGAAAUAUUGCACACUAUUAAAUAACUUUUAUUUCUAUAAUGAUGGUAAAGAACCCAUAGUAGAGUAUAGUAGUCUUUAAGUAUAUCCGUAAAGGACAAUUGACAUUUUAGGAUUAACAUAGGCUAGUUUGUUUUAUCUUCCAAGUAAUUCAGAAUAGCAGAUUUUUCAACAUUGCUGCUAAUGUUUAUUUGUAUUUAAUACUUUAUUAUCAAAAUUUGGUGACAGGAUUAUUUUCUCAUUGAAACCAUUUAUGAACUAUUUUCCAAAAAUAGAGAAUUAAACAAAGACAGAUGAAAAAUAUUUCAAGUGGGAAAGUUUUGUUUAAGUGCAUUGUCCUGGGGCCAUCUGGAUUCUUACAGUUUGGUUGUUAAAUUGUGCACAUGACAAUAAGCUCAACUUGAAGAGUCAAGUUGACUUGACUCUAAUAGAUUUAAGUACAUGGAAAAGAACUUAUUACUCCAUUGGGUUGGGUCCUAUACACAAAAGAACAUACAAUUUAAUGUAUAAUGUGACAAUCAAAAGAGCUUCCAAUUUUAUUCAUAUUCUGAACUAAAAUUGUACAUCGUGAAUUGAGUUUCUUUGAUCUUAUCAAAGCAGAUUUCUUCUUGUAGUCGUUGAAAUUUGCAUUGUACAGAAUUUAAGCAGAAUGAAAUUCUAGUGGUGAUAAAAUAGAGGUUUUAUUUUUUAUGUAUUUUUAGAGUAGUGAUAUCUUGUUAUGAAAAAUUCAAUAGUCAGUUCUUGAGGAUGUUUAAUCUUAACUUUUUAUCAUGGUGACUAUAAUUCCCCAACCAGCUGCAAGGAAAAAUGUGCUGAAAUGCAUAAUUUUUCCUCCCUAAAUACUGAAGCAUUCUUAUUUUCACUUAAAUACUGCUACUUUUAGAGUAUAAAAUAUCAAAUGAAAAAUCUGAAAUUGCUUUAGAAGUGACAUUUUAAUUCCUGUCUCAUUUUUCCUCAAGUUGUAAGUGUGGUGACCCAGAUGCACAUUUCUUCUAAGGCAUUGCAGGAUGUUCAAACCCAAUGAAUUUUCAACGAAAGCCAGUAAUAUCAGGGUAAUUCUGUGUAGCAUGGACUUGACAGUUUCUUCUCUUACUGAGAUGAAUUUGGGCAGGGUGUUAAAUUCAGCCUCUCUGAUUAAAUUGAGUCCAGUGGUAUGUCGUUACAGCAGCCACACUAUUUAAGGAACAAAUUGCCUUUUCACAAUAUUGUGGUUUCAGAGGGUUCAUUAUUGCAUUUGUGGAAUUUGUAGUUAUAGCCAUCGCAUAAUAAGUAUAGCUCCUAAAGUCAUAAUUAAUUUUUUUUGUAAAAAAAUUACAAGCAUUAAUAAACUAUAUAUAUGAAAUGCUCCCUUAGGUGGAACACAAUUUUUAAGACAAGGAUGACUUUGGCAUUGUUAAUACUGGUGAUACAAAUUUUUUUUUAACAAAGCUAAAGAAUAUUGUGUAGAUUUAUUAUUUGAAUGGCUUGGAAAUAAUGCAUAUGUCCUAGAAAGUUGGUUAUUGUUGGGGCUGGAAUUUUUUGUUUUUAGUAUUGAUUCAGUAAUGACAUGCUUUUCGUAUUUUUACAUUUGUGUCAAAAUUGGUUAAAUUCAUUUAUUUAAAGAAAAAUUAAGUCAAUAAGAUACAUCAGCUUUAGGUCUCUGAGUGUAAAUAAAUCAAACUAACAAUAGUUAUGGGCUGAGGUGAUGUAUCUGUAAACCGAUAAUGCAAUGUACCUUGAUUUGAAAUCUGCUUGCACCUAUUUUAGAGGAAUGCACAUGCAGGACAUAAUGAUGAAGAUUGGCCUUUACUUAUUUUAAGGAGGUAAGGAGGUCAUUUAUCUUGGUAUUUUGUUCAAAUGCAUAGGAACUGAAAUGAGUCUACUUAAUAAAAUGCCAGGAAAUGACAUUAGCAUUGAAAGUAAUCCUGUCAGUUACAAUGUCUUGAUGCGUUUUGUUUACUGAGGCUUUUGCUGCUUGGUUGAAUACUGGAGGCCGUUCAUGAAGUUUAUGCAAGGUGAUACAACUUCUGGAGUGACAUCCCUCAUCACUGAACAACAAUGAAUCUUCAUUAACAUUACUGUGCUCAUUUUUAUUUCUUUCAACCCAUUUAAGUUUGAGCAUUUACUCUUCUGUUUUUUCCAUCACAAGACCUCUGACCAGGGACAUAUUGAAUAGUUUGUGUGUGUUUUGAAAGCCAUAUACAACAUUCUGGAAACAAAAUAUAAAUUCUGGCUGGUUGCCUUUGCUGGUGUGCAGUUUUGUCAUUUGGGGGAAAAGCCACAGUGGGGUUUGGGGUGAUUUUUGUUUUUAGUUCUUAAAACUGAAAAAUUCCAGCCCUAGUUAGUUUUUAUGGAUUUUUAUGAAUUUAUAUUUUUCAGCUAAAGAUUUCAAAUUUAAAUUAGGUGAAUGUUGUAUUUUGGAAUAAAUAUCUCCCAAGUGAGGCUGCCCCAUUAUCCCAUGAAAUAAAUUCUGGAUGUUCUGGUCAGCUUCAAUAGUAGAGAUGUUCAAUAGAUCAUUUGACUUUUUCAAGCCUGUUUUACUCACAAUAUUGCUGCUAUGUUUCAGUUAAAAGUAAUUUAAAUAUAUUUUGAUAAAUUAAUUGAUCACUAUUUUCAUUGAACUAUAACUCUUAUUUUCAUUUUUUCAACUGUAUACAAGUGCUGGAGUAAUUGCUAUGAAAAUUUGGAAGAAUGUCAAAAAUUGAAGGUUGUGGGUUUAGGAAGGGCAAACCAUUUCUAAUCAUUGCUCAACUUUUGCUUCAAAGUUUCUAAAUAACUGAAGUUUCAGUCUGAAGCAUUGUCAUUUAUACAAAAACUAAGUAAACAUUUGAAGCUAAAAAACUGCAGAUGCUGGAAAUCCAAAACAAAAAAAAGAGAAUACCUGAAGCACUCAGCAGAUCAGGCAGUAUCUGUGGGGGGGCAAAAGUCAAGGCCAUAACUGAAAAUUGUGAGAAAACAAGUAUGUUUAAGUUGCAGAGAUAGGGAAGUUGCAGAGAACAGCAGACCAAAGUUGUCAGGGUAGCAAUUACUUUAAAAACUGGCAAUGGAACAAAAUGAAAUGGAGACACAGUGUAACUACAUAUGUAGAGGGAAAAAAAGGUGUGUUUAUCUUAAAUUGUUAAACUCAGUAUUAAGUCUUGAGGAUUGUAAGUUGCCCAGUUGGAAGAUAGGUUGCUGUCUCUUGAGCUUACACUGGAUAUCCUUGAGCAACAUGAAAGACAAGAGUAGGAAUGGGGCAGUGAUUUACAUUGACAAGUGUCUCGAAGCGGCCCUAAAUGUCUUCUGCAAAACAGGAGACCACAUUGGGAGCACCAAAUUAUACGCCACUUAUUUUCUGCAACUUAAAAUGUGCUUCUAUCUUUUCCAAUGCUGAUGAAGGAUCCUUGACACAAAAUAAUGAUUCUGUUUUUCCCUGUUUCACGGAUGCUGCCUGAUCCACUGAGCACUUACAGUAUUUUCUGCAAAUUGUUUUUGCCAUCUUAUGUAAUAAAUAUCAGACUUUCUCCUCCUGCUGUUGUUUAUAUUGUGUUGUUGAAUAUGUAACUAAUCACACCAGUUUGCCUUACUGCACUCUAGGAGAGUACUGUCCUGGCACAUUGCAAAAGAAGGGAUUAUGUGAUAAGUCUAUUAACUUAAAACUGAAACUUGCUGUGCUUAUUUUAGCAGAAUUCUCUCCCAUAAACACCCAGAAAUAUUUUGUAUGUUUAUAUUGUUGGUUAUCAGGUAAUAUCUAUAUACAACUGGACUUCCAUUCCCUCGCACAUUCACAUUUUUUGAAUCAUAAAAUAACAGCAUUGGAAAAUAUUUUAAUAACUGUUUACUUUAACAAAUAAAAUGAUUAUAAUUUCAGUGAGAUGUAAUUUAAUUUUUAUUCAAUUGAAAAUAUUGGUGUGUAGAAUGUGUAUCAAUACUUAAUACAUUGUUCACAGCUAUUAACCUUCUUAGAAAUCAUUUUGUGUUUACAAAGUGCUUGUUAAUUGUAUAUUUUGUAUGAUAUACUGAUCCCAACUCCAAAGUAAAUAUUGUGUGAAUUUAAUUUUUAACUGUGAGCCUGUACUAUGCGUUGGAGUCAAUUGAACAAAUUGCCUAUGUUUGUAGAUUGUGAAAGAUUGAAAUACAAUUUAUGGCUGAAGAAGUGUCAGUAAUUAAAGUGACAGG